CCUCGAGGUCUGUGAUGCUGCCUUGCAGAUUGACAAGGAGAUUAUUGCUCUACAUACUGAACAGAUCGCGUAGAAACCAGUCGUCAUACCCCGUAUGGCGCCAAAUGUAGCCACCCAGACUCCUCUGCCGUUCGUUCGUGCCUAUAGCUACGUCUUGCGGAAUCAUGAUGUUCAUGAGACGGACUUCUUGAGGCUCAUCGAUCAGCUCAGCAUCGUCCAGGCUACACAUCCGCCUUCACAGAUGGCAGAAGAGGGCGUCAUAGCCCUUGGAAUGCCGUACCAUUGGGCACAGUUUGCUGGUCUAGGUUCACAAAUUGGCACUGAGAUAGGUGACACUGCUCUCCUUACAGUACGAGGCAGGCGUUUUGUCGAUCAUGUCAACAAGUCGUUCCUGAGACCGAGGGGUCUGCAGAUGAGAAUCCUGACCGACGAUGAUAUUGUGAGCAUUAUUGGUGUUCCAGCAGAACGGGACCCCCUAUCGUAGGUAUCGCGAUACAACCACAUGUAUCCAUGAGGCUGACCGGAUCCACCAAAUAGACCCAUUGACGAUGAAUCAAUUUAUAAGUCCUUGCGAGAUCGCCGGAUGUCUGCACUGGGCGAGUACAUUGCUGAAUUAACGCUGGAAGUGGCGCCACCAAACCAAGAC